AUGACUAUGAGUCGUUAUUGCGAUGAUGUUAUUUGUGGUGACGUUAUUGUGAUGACGUUUUCCCACUGCGUAAGCGAAGUUUUUCCGCCUGUUGGAGCGGAGAUCCCGUCUGUUCCUCAGUAUACCAAGUUCCUGUGCAUCGUUGCUCGUGAAGCUGCUCAUUCGCUGCAUGUUUUGUUUGUUCUCGCGCCUCCGUAUGCUGUUAGUUUGGAUCAGAUGCAUCAGGUCACGAUGUGA